GAAUUUAUUUAUUUAUAUAUUUAUGGCGACGCCGGCCAAAAUAUACAGGAAAGUAGUUCUCAAACUAUGCAAAGCAAGAACAAAGUUCGAAUUCCUUAAUCAAUGCCGUCUGAAUGGGGUUUUCCCGAUGUCGAUUCAUCGUAUCAGGCUCCCGAUAGGUUGUGACAGCUUAUUGCCCAAGUUAAAGGUUCUUUGCCUCAGUAAGGCCAUCAGAAGUACAAGACGGAAAUAUUAUUCGUUGGUAAACACUCUUAUCAAAAUAGAAGAUGAGUUUUAUAAUGAGGACCGAACACUGUUAAAGGAAGUCAAUACCAGAGUUCUCACAUUAGCUGAUUCGGUAGAAAGGAAUUUAAGGCGUAAAUAUAUUAAAAAGAUUAAAUGGCUAUUCAAAUGCCAAAAUGUUAGACCACGGAGAAGAAAAACAUUGGCGAUAACCGCUUGGGACAACAUCUCACCGCCGCAAUGCUUGAUUGAUGCUUUAGAAUACGGCCCAUUUUUCGCUCCUACUCCACCAUUGACUCCUGAGAACAUUAUUCCUAAUAUUGAGUUGCUCAUAAAGGGGAUGAAUAUCACUAAACAGGAUUACAUCAGAUGGAAGACAAGGUUCUGGGCAGAAAGUGAGAAGCAAGGUAACAAAGAAGAAAGGCGGUUCAACAAAAGCAUAAAAGAAGCAAGAGAUUGGCUACACAUGAAUGAUAUUGUGCUCAUAAAGGCAGAUAAAUCCAAGGGUAUAGUGCUCCUCAAACGAGAAACUUAUAAUCAAAAAAUAAAUGAACACAUCAACAACACAGAAUGUCUUAUUGCUCCUGGUAACUAUUUAGAAACGUUACAGCAAAGGAUUAGGAAAUUCAUGUGUACUCCGUUAGCGAAUUGUCUGAAUAUGGAAAGAGGGAUCAUUCGAGCACCAAGGGCUCCAAGAAUCUUUGCGUUUGGGAAAACACACAAACCAGGAUCACAGUUACGCCCAGUGGUGGAAAAGUGCAAUGCACCUACUUUCGGUAUAGAAAAACGACUGGUUAAAUUUAUACGGGAUAAAAUCAAGGAGUCACCGUAUUCAAUAAAAAACUCGCUACAAUUGGUGCAGAAACUAGAAAAUAUUACACUUAAGGAUGAAGAGUUAAUGACCGUCUUAAAUUACAAGGCCUUAUAUCCAUCGAUUAAAUUACCGCCUUGCUUUUGUGCCUUGAGAGAUUUUCUAUUUGCUAACAUCAAAAAUGCUAUUAAAUACCAUAAGCACAUUUUGGAAUUAUCUGAUUUGAUUUGCCAUACAUCGUUCUUCGAAUUUGAAGGAAAAACAUAUUUGCAAGGACGGGGUGUACCAAUGGGUAGCCCAAUGUCAGCCGUUCUUUGUGAGUUGGUGCUAAGAAAGCUAGAAAGUGAUAUUUUACCCUAUUUCCAGAAUGAUAUAAUAAUAUAUGCGAGGUAUGUAGAUGAUAUCUUCGUUUUGUGGAAAAAUAAUAGAAAUACACACCGUUUUAUAAGCUUAAUCAACAGUAACCCGUAUGGUCUAACAUUAGAACUAGACCAAGAAAGUGAAAAUAUUGUUAAUUUCUUAGAUUUAACAAUUACAUGCAAAGAAGGUGAGAUCAAAACGAAUAUAUACCGUAAGCCAGUUUAUCAACCAAUCAUCAUACCUAAGAAUUCCUCAGAUCCAGAACAUAUCAAAUUGGCAGCAUUUCGUUCAUGGAUUACAAGGGCUUACACACAUUGUACCAGCAUAUAUGACACUCAUAAGGAAUUGGAGUAUAUACGGAGCAUAGCUGAGCAACAGGGAUACGGAAGAAAGGCAAUCGAUGCACUGAUAGCAAGGAUGCAAAAACGGAACCGGCAACAAAGAGCAACUGAACUAAGGGAAAGAAUUGUAAUUAAUUACCAUCCGUCUCUAAAUAAAAUUAUUAAGAAAGUUGCCAGAAAUAGAAAUGUAAAAAUAAUUUAUAGACGUAAUCCUACAGUAUAUAAGCUCCUAAGAAAUGAUAAGAAAAGAUAUGAACGUAAUAACAUGACAGGAGUGUACUCGAUACCUAUGAAGGACCAUAGAUUUAACUCCGACCUAGUAUAUAUAGGACCUCUUCCUCUGACGAAUGCUCUUCUUGUAAGACUUUCAUCUGUUCUUCCUGCAUGGCAACCAGCUCUUCUGUCGUUAGUUCAUUUUGAUGGUCUUUCAGCAACUCCUCCACGUCUGCAUCAUCUACCUCUACUCUCAAACUCUUGCCAAUGGACAUGA